UGUCGUCAUGACGUAAGACGUAUGUAAGUGCGUCAUGACGUGACUUUUCCCUCCUCGUUGACAAAGCUAUCCGGCUAUGCCGAUGUUUCGCUAAAGACUCUGUUAUCGAUCAGCAUUUUGAACUCCGUGGACAGUUGGAGGGAGGUCGACGAAGAAACGGACAUCCACAACAACGGUGUUAGAGAAGACUUAUGAGGUCCUGCUAGCAGAGCAAGAUGUUCAACAAGUCAUUUGGAACUCCCUUCGGUGGAGGGACGGGGGGGUUUGGCACCGCAUCGACCUUCGGACAGCAAAACGCAGGUUUUGGGGCGACGGGGGGCUUUGGCACGACGGCGUUCGGAGCCACCGCCAACACUGGAGGACUGUUUGGUGCCACACAGAAUAAGCCUGGUGGUCUGUUUGGGUCCAGCACGUUCAGCCAGCCGGCAACGUCCGCCACCACAACCGGCUUUGGUUUUGGAGCCGCCACCGGCACUUCCACCGGCCUGUUCGGCAACACCGGGACCGGCACCAGCGGCGGCCUCUUCUCCCAGCAGAGCAAUGCUUUCGGGGCCAGUAAGCCCACCUCGUUUGGAAAAGUGUCCCUCCCAUCGUGUCCUCCAGGCUUUGGGACGAGCACCAGCAGCGGUGGACUGUUCGGGUCGACCAACACCACCUCCAACCCUUUUGGUGGAGGUGGUGUUGCUUCCCUGUUCGGGAGCUCGGGGUUCACCGCCGCUCAGCAGCAGCCAGGGACAACCGUCAAGUUCAAUCCUCCAACAGGAAGUGACACGAUGGUGAAAGCGGGCGUGACCACGAGCAUCAACACCAAGCACCAGUGCAUCACCGCCAUGAAGGAGUACGAGAACAAGUCCCUCGAGGAGCUGCGGCUGGAGGACUACCAGGCGGGCCGGAAGGGUCCAACCAACCCGAUGGCUGCGCCGGCAGGCGGUAUGUUCGGUGCUGCCACGGCGACGUCCAGCGCCGCCACCGGCCUGUUCGGCUCCGCCGCCCCCAACACCAACUUCUCCUUUGGGCAGAACAAGAGCACCUUUGGUGCAGCAGCCCCUGCGGGGGGGUUCGGUGCAGCCACGGGGGGGCUGUUUGGGCAGCAGCCGGCUCCACAACAAGCCAACAGCCUGUUCAAGCCGUUCGGCCAGGCCACCACCACCCAGAGCACCGGCUUCUCCUUCGGCAACACCAACACCAUGGGCCAGGCCAACACCAGCAGCAUAGGUUUGUUUGGGAACACGGCAGCGCCCCAGACGGGGGGGUUAUUCGGCGCGGCUCAGACCAGCGCCGCCACUGGCUUCGGGGCGGGCGCCGGGUUGUUCGGGGCAACCAACACGGGUUUGGGACUGUUGGCACACAGAGUUUAUUCGGUAAUAAGACAGCCGGGUUUGGCACCACCACCACGAGCGCCCCGUCCUUUGGCACCGGCACCGGGCUGUUUGGGAACAGAGCCCGCCCUCACGCGCGGGACGGGAACCAACACCUCCACCUUCGGUUUCGGUGCAAACCCCGCUGCCGGGAGUCUGUUUGGGAACAAGCCGGCCACCGGAGGACUGGGGGCGGCGCUGGGAACCAGCUUCGGAGCAGCAGUGGGCGCCGGACAGACCUCCCUGUUCGGGAAUAACCAGGGUAAACUGGGAACCACACUGGGAACGAUGGGAACGUUCGGAGGGGCCGGGUUCACAGUGGAACCAGCCUGGGCUUCGGACCGCCACAGCAGCCAUCCAAUCGCGCUGACUGACCCGAGCGGGCGGCGGCCCAACAGCCAUGAUCCAGCAGCAGCUCAGCAACCUGGCGUACUCGCCGUACGGAGACUCGCCGCUGUUCAGAAACCCGCUGUCUGACCCCAAGAAUAAGGAGGAG